AUGCCUAAACAUGUUUAAGAAUAUACAGAGAGAGUAAGAUUAUAAAAUGAUUUAGUUUGAUUAAGUUUUAGAGAUGUUAGUAUAGAAGGUAGGAGAAGCUAAAUGGGCUGAAAUAACAAGAUAAAUGAAGAAUUUGUAUGGGAUAAAUGUACCAUAGAAACCUAUGGUUUAAGCUAGAUGGAGAGCAAUAGAUCCAAAAAUAAAUAGAGAACCAUUUACAGCAGAAGAGAUGGUAUAACAUUGGCAUCAUUGUGUAAGAUUUAAAUGUCAUUGGGAUGCUAUAAGAGAUUAAUAUGAAUUAAUAGGUUAACAAAGAGAUAAGACUUAUUUAUCAUAGAGAUUUUCUAUAUAUUUUACUUAAAAGUUAUCAGAAUUGAAUAGAGAAAUAGGAAAGAUAGCAUCAUACAAUUAAUAGAAAAUAGAUACAAUGAGAGAUACUACAAAAAAGAGAGUUAUAGAAUUUAAUAGUAGAGAUCCUUUAAGUGUUUAAGAUUAAUCAGCAAGAGAAAUUAUAGUGAGUUGUAAAUCAUUAGUAAAAGUAAUGACUUAUUUAAUUGAUAAUUCACAUCUUUAAACUGAAUUAAUGUGGGCUGAAGUUAAGAAGAUAAUAUCUCCAGCUAAAUUUUAGAAAGUAUUAUUUAAUAUUUUUAUAAUGGAUACAAUUGUGUUAAUAUCUUGUAAUGAAUUAAAAGCUAUUGAUGAUACAUCUGAUUUAAUUAAUGCAGAUGAUUUCAGAAAAGGAAAAUAUAUUAAACCUACAAAAAUAAGAUUUUGGAAAGAUGCACUUGAAUAAGAAUCAAGUCCUGAACAUACAGAAGAAGAGGAAAUCUUAACUACAUCAGUUAGAUUAAGUAGAAUGGGACCUUAAACUUAAUUUACAAAAAAAGAUAUUGAUGAAAUUAAAGAUAGCUUUAUUUAUAAAUAUUGUAAUACAGAUUAAAAUAAAGCCUUUUAUAAUUGGUAUAAUGAAGCUAAAACAUAAAAGAAUGCAUUCCCAUCUGAUUUAACUAUAGAUGUUAUGGAAUUGGAAGGUGGAAGAUAAUUAUUAAAUUAUGAUCCUGCUCAACCUAAAAGAAAAUAUGUUAAAAAAUAAAAACCCGAAAAUAAAGUUUAGAAACAAAUUAUAAAAUUCUAAAGAAAAAAAAGAAAGAUAUAACUUUAAGGUGAAGGAAAAUAAAAAAUAAAAACUAAAAAAGGUAGAAUACGUCUUCAUAAAGAAAGAUUUCCUGGUUAAGACACUGUUAUUUUUAAUUAAUAACUAGAAUAAGAAGAUGAAGAAUCUAGUAAUGAUUAUUAAUUAAUGGAUGCAGAAUAGAUUUAUAAAAUGAAUAUGAGAAUGAAUGGUAAAAAUGUUCAAAGUUAAAGUGAAAAUGCCAGUUAAGAAAGUAAUUGA